AUGCUGAGCAGAGUUCGCCGGGUAUCCUUAGAGGAUCUUCGUAACAACUACGAUGCAGUGGUGGUCCACAACUUCAACGGCAAAGCGCGGGACCCGACGAUAACCUUGGAGUUAGGGAAAGCGUCAGCACUGAGCGCCGUAGCUCGGCUGCUGCUCUGUGCAACGGGCAUUUUGCAAUUUCGGACAGGGCAGCUCUGGCGACUCCUUUCCUGGUGCCUCCACGUGUCGGUUCCUGCCUGCCUCUCAGCAUUCCUGAUCUACUACAAAGUGGGGCACCCCAAUGCCGACAUCUCCUUCUCCACCGCACUCCUCUGCCCGGAAGAGAGUUACUUGGACGACUACGCAGCCGAGGCCGGCUUCCUGCAAGACUGGUGGAAGGUGUCCAGGAGGCGGUCAUUCGAGGUAGGAGCGUUCUGGCUCACGAUGCUGGCGCUCAAGGCCCUUGCAAACUUUGUCGGCACGGGCAGUGUGCUGUCGACGAUGCUGGAUGCGCCCGACCUUGGGGUUGGUGCUGCUUUCUGGAUCAUGUCCUUCUACUAUGCGCUCAUGUGCUACACCCACUUGCAUAUUUGUUGCGGGCUCGAGUUGGCCGUGGACGGCUUCGGGCUUCGUUUCUUCAAGGAGAUGGAUGUUGAACAGGCGCUGGAAGAGUGGAGCCAAGUGCAGGUCGCUCCUGAAAUCCUGCAGGUAACACCGGAAUGGAGGACACAGCCGAGCCAGUGCCAACGGGUUGUCGAUGCCAGGCAGUUGACGAUUAAUCAGGAUGCAUCUCCGAUGGUCGCCUUUGCCGCCGAGGCACGACACAAUCAGAUUAUCGGCGAAUUGGGAGCAGAACAUCAGGAGCAGCUCCGUGCAAUGUACAAUAGUGGGCUUGCAGAGGUGAACAAGUUGAGGAACGAAUUAGGCAAUGCUAACAUUGCGUUGUCGAUUCAGAGGUCUGAAAUGGGUCAAGGUGAAGUUCGUUUCCAACAAACCGAAAGCGCGAGGGAACUCGCUGUCAUUGAAGCCAACCGGCAAGCGGAAGCUGCCCGUAGAGCUUUAGAGGAAGCUAACAGCAAUGCCAGGCGCCUUCGCGAAGUGGAAACUUCUGCCCGUCAGAAUGAUGCAAUGCGAUCCCAUGAGGUCGCUGACAUGUCAUCUCGGAUGGAUGAACUGAUGAGGCAGCUUCAAGCCCAGCGUCAGCAGACAGAAGUAUUGAUUCAGCAGAAUAGUGCAUUGAGCUCCAGGGUUCGAGAUUUCGAAGCUAGAGAUGCUGCUUUGAGGAUUCAAGAGGGAAUUCCACAAGGGCCUCCACCCGGCAUUCCCGUGCAUCCCAUUUCCACCCCGAAGCAUGGAGGUGACACUCCUACAGAACAGGCGACGGACGCCGGGAGGCGAACCCCUCCAGAUGGCUUCAGCCCAGGUGGCGGUGGCGGUGGCGGCGGGCCUGAUGGCAACGGCCCCAGUGGAGGCGAUGAUGAUCAUGAUCGUCGCAGUCGGAAGUCCAAGAAGGAUAAGAAGCAUAAGAAGAAGAAGUCGCGCAGGCGGAAGCCCCAGCCCGAUGAGGACCAUAAGAAUGAUUUGGUUCUCUCGCUCGAAGAGGCUGAGGGGUAUGCAAGGGAACUUCGGAUCAACGGGAAUUCGAGGAGAAUGAAAGCUACUGAAAAUGACGACUCGGUUGAAGAUGAAGUUGGCAGGGACUACAUAAUCAUCGGCGCUUGGAUUUUUAGCGGUAUGACUGGAAUCACAACUUCUGUAGACCGUCAUGCUCAGCUGACCAAGUACCUGAUCGCCUUCAUGAAGUCAAGAGGGUUGAAAGAUACCUUUACGUCUAUCUGUAUCAACCAUGGUGGCAAUCGCCGGGUGCAUCGAGACUUGUUGAAUCAUGAAGACUCGCUCAAUCACACUCUAGGCGUUGGAAGCUAUCAAGGUGGUUCCGUAUGGGUUGAGCAGAAGGACGACUUUCCCAUAUUUCGCAGAGAAGGUGUAGCUGGUGGGAAAUCAAAGUGCGUCAAGGUUACGGGGGGGCUCGAAGUCAAUGGAAGAGUCUAUGACACUCAUGAUCGAAUGUUAUCCUUCCACCCCAAGCUUUGGCAUCAGGCACAGCCUUGGACAGGUGAUCGAUGGACCAUCACUGCAUACACGAUUCGGGAUGUAGACGGUUUGAGCUGGGAAAAGUCAAAGUCGCUAAUGUCGCUUGGGUUUCAGUUGAAUUCAUCAAGACGGUUACCAUUUGUUCCAUCAUUGAUUACCGGCGACAGCGACGAAGAGCUCACACUUUACGACUUUGUGAAGAAGAAGAAGAAGGACGAAGCUGAGAAAGAUAAGGAGCAUUUCGAUGAAGCCGGGGAGUUGAAAAGUGCCGAGGAUCAGCCACCUCCUCCUCCUGAUUAUACGGAGUACUUUCCUGAUGAAGGUGUUAUUGUUCGCCAUCAUAUGCAGCCUCGCAAAGCUAAGUAUGCUGUUAGCGCUGCGGAAGCAGACGUCUUGAACAUCGGCGACCUGCGGUUGACCGAACGUCAGCUUCUUGGAAGUACUUCUGCAGAAGAACUAUGGGAUGAUGGUUUCCGGGGGGGUAAGGCUUCGGGACUUUGGACGGGAACCACUUACUUGUUUGAUCGUGGUAUUGAUAAGCAUCAUGCCGUGGCUGCUGUUAAGCGCAUUCGUGACAAGAACACAGCUAAAAAGGAAGCUAGGAAACAGGCUUUCUAUGACAUCAGCCAAUUAUCGAGUGGCACCGGAUGCAUGAAACAACCCGUCAACAUCAUCGAGUAUGACAUGAAGUCUUUUCUUGAACAAGCUGUACAAAAGUACAAAGACCUUGCUGGCCCCAAGUAUCACACCCUUAAGUCAGCCUCUACUCCUUUCGCCGACGAGAAGAUCGCGAGGCCCAUCGACGAUGAGGCCGAGGCAAAGAGUGAAUUGGAUGGCUCGUUAUGA